AUGACCUUAUCAUCAAGAAGAAGAGAAUUGAGAGCUUCUAUUCGAGAAAAUAUUAGACAGGCUGAAAAUGUUGACAAAGAGGAGGACACAGAUAAACACAUUGAUCAGGAGUUGAGGCAUUUGCAACACAGCCACCCGCAAGAACACGAGGCAACUACCAAUCACGAUGCUACCAAACUGAACAACACCAUCAAAAAAGAGCAUGAUGGACUUGAAGACCACAAUAAUACUUAUGAUACAACAAACGUAAAACGCGAAUUUGAUGGCACCCAAAACGAGGAUGAUCAAGAAGAAGUAGAAGUAGAAGAAGAGGAGGAGGAGGAGGAAUACCAUGAAGAGAAUGAACAUAGAGAAGAACCAAGGAGAAGGGGAACCCGAAGCAAACGUCAAAAGACAGGAGCUCCAAAUAUUACAGUAGCUCCACAGACAAGGACUAUUUUUAAACAAAUUGAUAAUCCCGACUCCACUAUUUGCGAGCACUGUGGACUUGUAUUUCGGAAUGUUAUUGAUAAGAGAAAUCACCGUAGAACUCAUUCACAGCCAAAGAGACACGAAUGUAAAACAUGUGGGAAGAAGUUUAGUCAGAAGGCAAACUUGGAAAUUCACAAAACACACGUUCAUCAUGAUUUGAUAUUGGAUGGAGAUAAUGUCGAGUUACAGAAUCAACCGGCUGAGGAUAAUAGUGCAAAUGUGUUUUCAAAUGAUAGCAAUUCUAAGCCAACAGUUAAUUUGAAGGAUGUGCGAGUAUUUCAUUGUAAUGCUUUACAAUGUGGAAAAGGUUUUAUUUCAUACGACAAACUAAUGGACCAUGUUACUACGGAACAUCCCAACUUUGUCCCAGAAGUUAAAAAGGAAACCAAGAGAGAGAAAAAGAAAACCCAACUCCCCAAAGUUCAUCAAUGUACUUUUGAAGGAUGUGACAAAUCAUUUGCAAAAAUCUCAGAUUAUAAAAGACAUUAUCGCAUUCAUACUGGUGAAAGACCUUAUGUUUGCGAGCAUUGUGGAGCAAGCUUCAAUCAACGUUAUAGAUUAACCACCCACACCAGAAUUCAUACUGGGGAAAAGCCAUUCCAGUGCAAAUAUUGUGGGAAAACAUUUGCCCGAGGCGAUGCUGUACAAUCCCAUAUCUUUUCAAUUCAUCGGGCCAAGGGAGAGGCUUUCUGA